UGAGGUGCAGUGGGUGUUUCUGCUGCGUGUCUGUGAUGGGGCAGUGGAGAGAGAGAGAGAGAGACUGUUGUAUAGUAAGAGGAGAUACGGUGUAUUAGCUCACAGGAAGAGGAAGAGAGCCGAGCGUGUUCUUGAGUCUCAGGAUAGGGAAUAGGGUAUCUGCAGCGGUACACGCGCAGUUGAGGCAGCCUCAGUGCGUGUGUGGAGCGCUGGUGUCUCGAGUCAGCAUGCUGGGCUUGGUGCAAAGCUCGCAUCCCUUACGAGAAAGAGCCAGGCUGCAGAAGAGCUGCGCUAAACAGCUGAUUUCUCUUUCCUCUGCUUCUCAGACCGUCAGCAAGUACAAUGCGCAGUACCACAAGCUUUUCCAGAGCGUUCCUAAAGAAGAGAUUCUGAUGAAAGUGUAUUCCUGUGCUCUUCUGCGAGACAUCUUGCUGCAAGGACGACUUUACAUCUCCAGGAACUGGCUUUGUUUUUAUGCCAACCUGUUUGGUAAAGACAUCAAGGUGGCCAUUCCUGUAGCAUCAGUGCGACUGGUGAAGAAACACAAGACUGCUGGACUGGUCCCCAAUGGCUUGGCUAUCACCACAGACAGCAGUCAGAAGUAUGUGUUUGUAUCUCUACUGUCCAGAGACAGUGUCUAUGAUGUGUUGAGAUGCAUCUGCACACAUCUCCAGGUCAAUGGUAAGAAGAUCCUCAGUCUUAAACAGUAUAUGGAGGAGCCCACCUCUUUAUCUCUGGAUGAGUUUCCAGUUCCUGAAGUGUUUCCAGUACAAGAAGAGUUUCCUCCAGUGCUGAAGUGGAGAAGAAAGUCGUCAGCAGUGUCCGUAUCAUCGUCUCUACCCGACUUGCGGAGAAACUCUGCGAGCACUGUGAAUGUUGUAGACACGCCCUUUCAGACAGACAAACCUCUGGAGGAGCAAGUUCUGGAAACCAAGAAGAUCCUCCUCACAGAGACGAUACCAGAGUUGGGUCAGAUGGAGUAUCAGCUACUGAAGUUCUUUAUUAUGUUAAUUAUCCUGCUCAUCCUGUCUUCAUGUUACCUGGCCUUUCGUGUCUGCAGUCUGGAGCAGCAGCUCUCUUUUCUAAGCAAUAACCCUGCACUCGUGCUCAGAGAGAGGUAACUACUGAUGGUCCCCACUGCUGUUCACAGCACGUUCGCCCAGCACUGGCCCUGUAUCUCUCUCUCUCUCUCUCUGCCUGCGUGAUCACAUUGCAACUAUGCAAACAGACUUUAAUUUAUUGAUGCGAUAGAUCUGCCUCUGAUUGUGUUGACAUUGAGACUGGCUUACAGUAGGUGAACACAAAUCAAGUGUUCUCUGAAGCAGGUCGAUUUGUAUUACUGGACACAAGACGAUGAAAGCAGACGCCUCGCCUGCACAGGACGCACAGCAAGUCCCCGGUAUUCAAGUGAUGGUUGGGGAAUGUUACUUAGGGCUCUUUUCCCAAGCAAAGACUAUUUUUGGGAUCACUUGAAUUGAAUGCUUCAAUUAUUGAAUGCUUGUACAACAAGGUCAUGUAUCUCAAAUAAGUAUCGCUCAGGAUCCGAUCUGAUAUAAUAGAUUUAGAUUUGAUUAUUUUAUUUUUGCAAUGCACUUGUCAUGUUCUGACUUUUCCAACAGGAUGUAGAUGAGAGUAUUUUAAAAAUACAGUCUUUAUUUCAAAUUUAUCCCAAAUGUUAAGAGGUCAAAAACACUGAUGACACUGUUGUGUUGGACGAAAAGUGGGCCAUUCCCAAACGGUUGCUAUAACGUUAGAGUUAGAGUCACAAUUCUCUAUAAUGUGACUGUAUGCCACUGCAUUAUUAUUUGUCCUCCCGAAAAUCACUGGAAUACCUAGAUGCAAUUGUUCAUUAGAAAAGUUGCCACAUGCUUUUGGUAUAUAUUUAAUAUGUCAGGUUGAUGAAAUGAAAUCAGGUUGUUAUAAUUUACACAAUGUACAGAGCUUAACCAAUGCCAUUCGUAUCAGUAAUCUGAUGUUACCCUAUAAUGCAGAAUGUUUGCGACGUUAUGAAUGUCUACCUGAGUAAAGUACUGUAGCCAGAAUAACUAAGGCAUCGUGAAGUUAUUAUUUUUUCACAUAUAUAUUUUAUUAUGUUGUGGUUGUUUCCUAAAGAACGAUAAGUAUUUUUUAAAUACAGGGAAGAUUGAAGCUAGUCACUCUUUAAACAAGUGAAUAUUUAGGUGGAUCUCAUGCAUUAAACUAACAUGCAUUAAACGUAUGUGAUAACAUAACAUCACAUUUCAUAGGGGAAGGCUAUCAGAAGAUGGCAAUUGUUAAUAUAUGCAAAAUCUGAACAUUUAAUUAAUUAUGAUCAAAUCCUAUAAAUCCACCUUUCUGCAUGUAUUUGGGCAAUUCCAAUCCAGUGUCUGUUGAAUUUCAACAGAAACAAACCUCAGGAAUGACAAACUGUACAAUCAACCCAACAGCAAUGUAAAGACUGGGAGAAUGCAGAUGCAUGAAAGAUACAUUUUUGAACUGAUCCUAAAACAUGUAAAGAACAGUAGUAUCGUGUUGUUUAAACAGUAUUCAAGAUGUCAUGCAUCUUUUUUUUGUCAUGUUGACCUUGCCUUGUUUCAAUUUACAGUAAAUAAAUGCAAAUAAAAACAAUAUUUUCAUUUGGGAUAAAUGUUAAUACUAGUUCACAGAGUGAAACAACAUUACCAUUUUACUUAAAAUAACAAUUAAAAUAAUAAAUU